AAUAACAUUUCAUGUUCUGAUCCUCGCUUGAAACACUUCACGUGGUCGGCACCGGAGAUUCUUCAUUGCUAUUUCCUUGGCACACAGGAGCAUAGACAUUUUAACCCGCGCGAGAGAGGAGCGGCCAUCGUACCAUAGAGCGUAGAAAAAUAAUGUAGAGGGAAGUCUUUGGGUCCGCUGGGAUAGUUGAUCUCCACCUUAAGAAGUUUUCCAUUUAUAAUAAGUGUACCGAGAUAAAAGCAACAACAAGCUGAACAAAAAUUCAAUUAUACAGGGAUGGACAGCGGCUCUUCCCUCUACAUGUGCUCCCCCUGCUGCCAGCUCUUCGGCUCUCUGGAGGAGGUGCUCUCCCACCAGCUCACCUGCCACUCGGAAGACCCGGGGGAGGAGGCCCCCCCUGCAGCGCCCCCUGGCCCACAGACUGAGUCGCUAGUGCUGUACCAGUGCGCCGACCUCCAGCCUCCCCACCCUGACCCCGCCCAGCACCCCAGUCCCGCAUCGGCCCCGCAGAGCCGGCCCUCCCCCCGGAAACCCAGCGGCUCGCCGCGACAGAGCCCCGCCCAGGGCGCCCAGAGACAGCCCGCCCUCAGCUCCGCCCCCCUGAUCCGCUACCAGUGCGGGGACUGCGGCUGCCUGUUCGAGUCCCUGGGCCAAUGGCAGCAGCACCGCAAGCUGGGUCAGUGCACCAGGGCCGGGUCGGAACCCGGCGGGGAGGGGGCGGCCACGGCGGGGGAGGGGGAGGUGAAAAUGGAGGAGCAGCUGGAGGAGGGAGGAGAGGAGCAGCCUGACCAGGCUGAGGGAAGCGCGAUGGAUGGAGCGAGGCAGGACGAGGGAGGAGAAGACGGAGAUCGAGGGGGAGGGGCGUGGCAGGAAGACUGCGCCUGGAAGGAGCGAUUGGUCUGCCAGGACCACUCCUAUCUGCCCUCCGCUGGAGAAAAGCAGGAAGAGGAUGAGCAGGCUCGGGGCGAAGAGAGCGUGGCCAGCCAGGCCCAGGGCGAAGGCCCCGCCGCGGAAGAUUCUGGAAGGUCAGGCCUGCAGGCGGAUUCAGGGAGCCAGCCGGCGGAGAAAGCCCAGGCCGCCGGUGAAGGAGAGCCCGGGGCGGCGGACCACAGCUUCCUGUGCGUGUGCUGCGGGACCGGCUUCAGCUCGGAGCCGGCGCUGGUGGCCCACCGCAGGACCCGCCAUGGCCUGGAGGAGGCGCUGCACCACUGCCCCGUGUGCGGGGAGAGCUUCAUGAACACCACCCUCUUCCUCUACCACCGCAGGCAGCACCGGGAGCAGGAGGAGGGCCCCGGGGCCGGGGCUGGGGCCAGGCCGGGGGGCAGAGCGACGAGCGCCAAGAGGGUGCUGGGACUCCUGCCUUCCACUGCGCCCUCUGGUGGAGCAAAGAAGCAAAGCAGCUCAGGGUCCAGUCCGUCACAAACGAGCCUGUCAGGUCCAGCAGCAGGCGCCACAGUCGACGGUGACGAGCGGCUGGAGGGGGGGGGCAACGGGGCCCCGGCGACGCAGUCCCCGCCGAGCCCCGCCCCCGCGUCCUCGGAGGCGGGCUCGGAGGCGGGGCUGAAGCGCCCGGCCGCGCCCCACACCUGCCCCCACUGCGGGCGGGCCUUCAAGCGGCGCUGCCACCUGCUGGCGCACGUCUACAGCCACACGGGCUCCAAGCGCUACAGCUGCGAGACGUGCGACAAGGCCUUCUCCUACAAGAGCAACCUGGCGCGCCACCGCCACACCCACGCCUGCGCCAAGCCCUACUCCUGCGAGCGCUGCGGCAAGACCUUCACCCAGUCCGGCACGCUCAAGCAGCACUGGCUCAUACACGCCAAGGCCGACGCCCUCAGCCAGGGCGCCGACGGGAAGGGGGUGGCCUUCCAGCUCCCGCACCCCUGCACCGACUGCUCCUCCAGCUUCAAAACGCGCACGCAGCUGCUCAUCCACAGGCACGUCCACACCGGCCAGUACCCCUUCUCCUGCACUGUCUGUGGCCAGACCUUCCUGCGCAGAAAACAGCUGCAGCUGCACUCUCUCAAGCACCAAGGUAAAGAGCCCAUUUCCUGCCCCCGUUGCUCCACCCAGUUUCUAAACCAAACGCUGCUGGACAACCACCUGCAGCGCUGCCUGGGGAAGGCGGGGCGGGGGCGGGGCCGGAGCGCGGGCCAGCUGGAGUGUGACAUGUGCGGCCACCGCUGCGUGACCCAGGAGGGGCUGGACCUCCACCGGCUCUCCCACACGGGCCAGACGCCGCUCCGCUGCCCCCUGGCCCCCUGCCGCCGGCGCUUCGCCUCCAGCUCCGCCCUGGAGGAGCACGUCCUCGCCCACUGCCAGGCGGCCGAGGACCCCGACAGCCGGGGCCCCGCCCCCAAGCCCCGCCCCUUCCACUGCGAGCACUGCGGGAAGGACUUCACCACCGCCUCCUCGCUCAGCGUCCACCUGCGCAUUCACACGGGGGAGAGGCCCUAUCAGUGCACGCAGUGCGGGAAGCGCUUCCGGCAGAUUCCGCACCUGCGGGACCACGAGCGGCUGCACAGCGGGGCGCGCCCCUUCAGCUGCUCCGUGUGCGGGAAGAGCUUCGUCCUGGCGGCGCGGCUGGCCGAGCACGCCCGCACCCACAGCGGCGACAAGCCCUACACCUGCCCGCUGUGCCCGCGCGCCUUCCGCUCGCUCUCCAACCUGGGCAAGCACCGCAAGACGCACGGGCGCCCCGCCCCCGCCCGGGAGCCCGCCGGCGAGGGCGAGGCCGCCGUCCGCACCAUCCUGCUGGUCCAGGCCGCGCCCCCGGCCCCGGAGGGCGGCGACGCCCAGGCCGCCCCCGCCCACUCCCAGCUGCUCCUCCUGCACCCCUCCGUGACCGUGGGGGAGGGGCAGGAAGGGGAGGUGCUCAUGCCCCACGCCUUCCAGGUCAUCGUGGAGGAGACCGUCUAAAGGGCAAUGAGACGGAAAGAGCGGAAGAGAGGAGAACGGAGGGAUGGAGAAAGCUGAGACAGUCAGGGACCCCCAGAUAGGGGACAUUAAGGAGAGGAGGGGGUGAAAAUGAAAAGGGAGAGAAUAAAAAGAGGAAAAGUUAAAUUUGGUUACCUGAAUUGAAGGAAUGACAGGAUUAAAUGGAAAGGGCAUGAUAUCGAUAUCAUUCGCUGUGUCGAUAUCAUUCGCUGUAUGCGGAGUACAGGUGCUUGUGUGUGGCACAUUUUACGGGUUUUGAACUUCACUGGGAGUUGAAUCUGAUAUAUUUCUUUAAUAAAAUGCUUCAUCUA